CAAUAAAUAACUGUCGUAAUGGCAAUUGACAAAUUUUGAAAAUUAUUUGAAUUCAGAAAAAAACAUGGGGAAUUAUAUCAGGUGUUAAAGAAUUAUUUCUAUUUAAAAUAAUUUACUUUGUUGUUCGAAGACCUUUGGUGAGGCUUACAUUAACAGCUUGCGAUAAUACGUAAGCAUGUCGUUGUGUCUGAAGCUUGUUGUGUUCUUGUGUUUAUCAUUUGCUGUUGUAGCAUCAUUUAUCAGUUUAUCUACCAAUUUCUGGAUUGAGCAUGAUUCGUCAGCACAUCAUCAAGGUCUCUGGUUUUUCUGUAAUGAUGAAGAUAUCGGGUGUCAAGAAUUUGACGAGGAUCCACAAAUUAAGUCGACAGGAAUGCCAGAUUGGCAUAAUGGCGUGCUUAUGCUUUUAAUUAUUGGAGCUGCAAUUCAAGUUGUGUCGCUUUUCCUGUUUUUCAUUAGCUGUAUCUCAAACAGAUUUCUUUGUUGCAACAUUUUUCUGGUCGUUUUACUGGGAAUAGCUUGGAUAUGCAUCACGGCUGCAAUGGCAAUUUAUACACAGAAGUUUCACUCAGUAAUGGAUAAUGGUUACAGUUGGGGUUAUAGUUUCAUCUUAGGCUGGGUGUCAUUUACCUUCAACCUGCUGUCAGUUAUACUUGCUUUUGUUUAUAUGAUGACACAACAAAAUAUACGCCAUUAAAAAUUAUGCUAAACACUAGAACGAAUGUAAAUAAAACAUGAUGUAUAUAUUUCACCAUUGCAUAUAUAACAUAUAAAAAUAUAUAUGACCAAAAUAA